AUGCCACCACCACAUAGCAGCAUCAUUACCGUAACGGCAUUGUUCAAUGUCGCAAAUGCCAUCAACAAUGGCCUUGCCAUCACACCGCCAAUGGGCUGGAACAACUGGAACGCGUUUGGUUGCGACGUCUCCGAGAACCUGCUUCUCACGACCUCGGCACAGAUUGUCGACUUGGGUCUGCGAGACCUGGGAUACAACUACGUCGUCCUAGAUGACUGCUGGCAAGACCCUAAAGGCCGAGACAAGAAUGGAAAACUCCAACCAGCAUUGGAUAAAUUUCCCAACGGAUUAAACUCGAUUUCCGACCACCUGCACUCCCAGAACCUCAGGUUUGGAAUGUACAGCAGUGCAGGUGAAAUGACCUGCGCUAGAUACGCGGGGUCUCUUGAUCACGAAGUUGACGACGCAAAGAGCUUCGCUGGAUGGGGAGUUGAUAUGUUGAAGUAUGAUAGUUGCUACCAUAUGGGUCGAGUUGGCACGCCAUCCAUAUCAUUCAAUCGUUUCAAGACCAUGUCAGAUGCGCUAAAAGCAACGGGGAAAAACAUUCUACUCAACCUUUGCAACUGGGGCGAGGACCUUGUUCACACAUGGGGAAUGUCCAUUUCGAACUCUUGGCGCAUGACGGGUGACAUCUAUGAUUCAUUCACCCGCCCAGAUGACCUCUGUGGCUGUAAUACCGUGGCACCAGGCGACGUAAAUUGCGUAGCACCUGGUACACACUGUUCUGUGCUCUUUAUCCUCAACAAAGUGGCGCCAUUUGCCGACCGCAGUAUUCCUGGUGGCUGGAGCGAUCUCGACAUGCUCGAAGUCGGACAGGGAGGAAUGACGGACGAAGAGUACAAGGCCCACUUUGCGCUUUGGGCGGCACUCAAGUCUCCAUUGUUCCUAGGCAAUGACUUGCGCGACAUGCCAGCUUCUGCAUUUACUAUUAUCAACAACCCCGCCAUUAUUGCACUGAGCCAGGAUCCUCACGGAAGAAGCGUUACGCGUGUGCGUCGGGACACAGAGGGCGUCGCAAAAGACGAGUGGGGUGUUGGUGAGACGCACGUAUGGGCAGGUCAUCUUCACAACGGCGACGAAGUUGUAAUCCUUCUGAAUGCCGGUGGAAAGGACAUGGAAAUGAGUGUCCCACUCGCCGAAAUCUUCAUUCCCUAUGGACCGGGCGGAUCAGCACCGCACGUCAAGUACGACUGGAACAUCCACGAUCUCUGGGCGCAUCGCAUGUCUGAAGCGACUGCACAAGAGAUACUUUCAGCAAAGACAACGGCGGCAAAACAAUCCGUACUGACAAAAGCCAAUUGGUACAAUGCUACCGAAACGCCCUAUGCCACUGGUCUUGCUCAGGAAGACCCGCGUCUCUUUGGCGAAAAGAUUGGCGUCGUCAAAGCUGGCGGUGUGCUCAAAGCCAACGUCAAGAGUCACGCUGCGCGCGUCUUCCGCCUGAGACGGGUUGCAAAGGAGGGGGAUAACUUUGAGGCCAAGAGCAUUGCAAGAGACGACGUUAACGAGAAGGAUGAAUUGUAA